CUUGCGUACUCCGUCACAUCCGGGUCCUCGGACAAGGAUGAACGGCGACUUCCAAGAUGGCGGCGGAGGGAGGAGGGAAGGAGACCAACGACAUUAAAACUCAGUUCACCACACGGGAAGGCGUUUACAAACUCCUCACGCACUCCGAGUACAGCCGCCCCAACCGGGUGCCUUUCAACUCACAGGGUUCUAACCCCGUCAAGGUCUCCUUCGUCAAUGUGAACGACCAGUCGGGCAACGGCGAUAGGAUCUGCUUCAAUGUGGGCCGGGAGCUCUACUUUUAUAUCUACAAAGGUGUGAGAAAGGCUGCCGACCUGAGCAAGCCCAUCGACAAGAGGAUAUACAAAGGAACGCAGCCCACCUGCCAUGACUUCAACCCCAUCACGGCCACCGCCGAGAGCGUCUCCCUGCUGGUGGGCUUCUCGGCGGGCCAGGUGCAGCUCAUAGACCCCAUAAAGAAGGAGACCAGCAAGCUCUUUAACGAGGAGAGACUCAUCGACAAGUCGCGGGUGACGUGCGUACGAUGGGUUCCCGGCUCGGAGAGCCUCUUCCUGGUGGCGCACUCGAGUGGUGCCAUGUACCUUUACAACGUGGAGAACACGUGUGGCACCGCCGUGCCGCACUACCAGCUCCUCAAGCAGGGGGAGAACUACGCUGUGCACACCUGCAAGAGCAAAUCGGGCCGCAACCCCUUACUGCGCUGGACGGUGGGGGACGGGGCCCUCAAUGAGUUUGCCUUCUCGCCAGACGGCAAGUUCCUAGCCUGCGCCAGCCAAGACGGCUACCUGCGGGUGUUCGGCUUCGACGCCGCCGAGCUCCACGGCACCAUGAAGAGCUACUUCGGAGGCUUGCUGUGCGUGUGCUGGAGCCCCGACGGUCGGUACAUUGUCGCGGGCGGGGAGGACGACCUGGUGUCCGUGUGGUCCUUCUCGGACUGCAGGGUGAUCGCCCGGGGACAUGGCCACAAGUCGUGGGUGAGUGUGGUGGCCUUCGACCACUGCACCACCAGCGUGGACGACGGCGACCCUCCCGCCGAGUUCAGCGGCAGCGACGAGGACUUUUAUGAGCAGAUUCACUUUAGCGCAGGGCGGGACAGGGCCAACAGCGCCCAUUCCAAACUUUCCAAGAGGAACUCUACAGAUAGUCGGCCUGUUAGCGUGACCUACAGAUUUGGGUCAGUGGGCCAGGACACGCAGCUGUGUCUGUGGGACCUUACCGAGGACAUCCUCUUCCCACACCUCCCGUUGUCUCGCACCAGGACUCACACUAACGUCAUGAGUGCCACGAGUCCUCCAGCCACUGGGCAAAACACGACAAACACUGUAUCCACUUCCACCACUAAUCCCAGUGGCGCUAAUGGCAAAGACACUGUUAGCAAUAGCAGCACGGGCGGAAACGCGCCAAACUCCCUCCCGGGAACGCUGCCUCGCUCCAACAGCCUGCCGCAAUCCCCCAACCCCGCAGGCGGCGGCAGCACGCCCAACAGUCACACAGGCAGCAGCAACAGCAGCUGCAGCAGCAACAACAACACGGCCAAGGGCGGCAGCAUCAUCGACAGCGCCCUCAUCGCCGCCGGCGUCGGCAAGUUCGCCACGCUUUCGCUGUACGAGUCGCGCAAGGAGCGCCCGGAGAAGGACCACAAGCGCGUGCACAGCGUGGGCGGCGUCGGCAGCAAGAGUAGCGACAAGCUCAACCAGCUGAGCGCCUCGCGGGCGGCCAAGGGCGACACGGCCAAGACGCUGGGCACCGCGCUGUGCCCGCUCAUGGAGGAGGUGCCGCUGCUGGAGCCGCUGGUGUGCAAGAAGAUCGCCCACGAGAGACUCACUGUGUUAAUCUUCCUGGAGGACUGUCUGGUCACGGCCUGCCAGGAGGGCUUCGUUUGCACGUGGGCGAGGCCUGGCAAAGUGGGAUUGCUGUCAUCUCAGAACAACCCCACCAACUCCCCCAGUGGAACGGUGGUAUAGCCCCGCCCCCUCCAGCCCUCCCUGGAAAGAGGCCGCACCACACCACUUCAUAGGAACUUGACGCCUUCAGUCUGCAGUGAAAUGGGUGCUAUUUUCCAAGUUGGGGAGGGGGGGGGGUAAGCAAGCUUUAAAAUAGUCCGGCUGGUCGACGUAAGGGAUGCCAUGGUUGGUCUGUGAGUGUCUUUGCUGCGGCCAUGUUGUCUUCUGUGCUUGACCUUUGGCCUCUGAAAGGAGCAAAGAUGAUUGGAAAGACCCCCCCCCCCCCCCAUUCUUCCAUCUAACCACACCAAGUAUUUGCACAAAUUUAGCCCCAUCUUUCCCUUUUUGUUUUUGUAAUUCCUAGCUGGACAAGACAAGCAGAUUAGGAAGCACCCCCCCCCCCCCCCUCUCCUUCCCCCAUGCUGGAUGCUGCAGUCAUCCUUUUCCAUUUAAAUAACGUUUGCACUUAAAAGUUUGUUCGAGGACAAUGGAUGUACAUUUUUUUGCGGGGGAGUGUUGAAAGAUAUAAAAUUAGGAUAAUUCAACACCUUUGUACUGUUUCCUAUUCUUUUCAGGCAACGCAGGCUCUGUAUUAUAUGUAAAUAUUGUACUUAAGUCAUUUAUGGAAAUGAUUCAUAGUUUAAAAAGAGCCUCUUUUGAGAGAAUAGUUAUUUCUAAUACAGAAAAUCUAUACCUAAUAAAAUAAACAUUUUGAAUAUGCAGAAUUUUUUUUCAACUUGUGUUGUACAUAAAGAGAAUUCAGGUGUAUUUUUUAUGAAAGCAACGUUUGCUACAUAGGAGAACCUUUUAUCUAACUGCUAGUGCUGAAUACCAGCCUGUCUGGAAGGACGGCAGGACACAUUCAGCCAUCACUUGAGCUCAGGUAAAACGCAGGAACGCACGCCGGCCUAGUGUGAAUUGACGCGACACGUUAUUAAUAUGUUGUUUUUUUUUUUUUUAACAUGUUGAUACAAUUCAUGCUCUCAGGAUGUGGCUUUGGAGGUGUGAGGGUGUCUCCCUGCCGCCCACUUUGUGGGAAAACUGUGAGGAUUUGAAUGGUGGCAGCCUUUUCCUCCAUGUGACGCCUAUUAAAAACUGUUUGCCAGACUAUGA